AAGGCAGCAGCGAGAGCAGACGACAGACACAAGCAGACACAAGCACACACAACAGAGCAUCUAACGAGAGAAGAUGGCUACAAAAGUCUGUGCUCCGCAAUGCGAGGUUUUGCCAAAAACCAGUUCUCCUCAGGUUGUCCAUCAGUCCAAAUUUCAUCCAGAGUUCGGUCAGACCACUCACAGCUUUCUAAAGGUGUAUGAUGAUGCCCCAGGAUCUCCUCAGCCUGACAUCCUUGACGUGCUGGUGUUCGACCCUUCUAAGAAUAUCAACAUCCCAGUUAACCUGAAGAUCACAGACACCGUUGACGCACUGAUCAAGAAGUACCUGCAGAUGAGGCCUGAGCUGGGGAAAGAGCUACACCUCGCCUUCAACGGCAAAUCAGUUGCAGCGCACGCGAUCCUGAGAGAUCUGGGGGUGAAGCCCGGGGCCGUGUUCAUCACCUUCCAGAGAUGCCGUGGAGGAUAAGAGACCAGACGUUACACCUCUCUCUUCAUCCGUAAAAUUAAUCUGAACUCUUUUCACUCCUGUCAAGAACUUCAUUCUCAGGUCUGCUUUAAAGUAAAACCGGGUAAAUUUAUCUUUCAUUAUUCAGCAUCAGAGACAAUCAAUAAUAUGAAUAUAUUACAAAGAACAUGCAGAAAUCUCAUAUCAUUAGGUGUAAACUUUCACUUACUCUGUGUAUGUAGGAUCAUCACAUUGUGUUCUAUUUCAUGAUUUGAAAUGAACUUGAUUUCAGCUGACUGUAACCGUUAUCACAUUUACUGAUCUUACUGUCAUAUUAUUCCAAAGCUACUAUUUUUCUAAUAUAUCUAUCUUAUAUUCUUCUUAAAAAUAAAUAAAUUCAUCACAGAAUCGUA